CUUCGGCCAGGGUGGAAGUCUUUAAAAAACGUAAGAAACUUUUCCCCUCAACCGGGGAAUCUAGACUUCCUUGUAUUUGCAAUGCGUCGUAAAAAGUAGUGUUAGCAGGCUUCGACAACAACAUGUCAGAUACCCUAACAACCUCAACUUCUCGCGGUGGGUCUAGACGGAUGGUUAGUCCUGUAACGUUUAAAAAGGACAGAGAUACUGCGGAUGCACAAAUCAACCGAAGCUCACUGGAAAAUGGCCACGGCUUUAGCGACACAUUCACGAUUUCUACAGGUUCUUCAAUUUCUAUGCCUCGAAUUGACUCGUGUAUUCUAGGAAAGGAAACCCUGGAACAGAGGGAAAAGUUUACUGUAAGUAAAACCGGUAGAUCCUUCGAUAUAUUGCUAUUGAGGUCAGCUUUUAGGCUUAUGUCUGCGACCUGUCUCUUCACAGCUUUACAAGAUCGAAGUAAACAAUGGUCAAAAAAGUUGGAUAAUCUACAGACGUUAUGGAGACUUUGUUCUUUUGAAUAAAAAGGUGAUCAUUAGGAAUACUUAAGUUUAGAUACGGAUGAAAAACUUUCAAAGAGUUAUUGUACAUUGUAAAAUCUUCGAUUAUAUUUUGCAAAGCUAAGCGAAUAUUGCAGUGUGCGUUUUGAUCGAUAUAUAGCGUUUUCCAGUUAUUGAAAAAGAUUACGUAUUUUUUUCCUAUCUCAAUAAUAUAUAUAUUGAGAUAGGUAAAAAAACAAAGAGGCUGUACUCUCAUCCCUACAAGCCUGUUUCAUGAUUACUCACUCAUUUGGAGAUUUUAUUGUCAAGAAUAUUCAUAUAUAAUCGCGCUCUACUUCUACGUAUUGAGCUCUGACGGAAAAAUCAAAACACAGACUCCCUGUUCUUUAUAUAUAUAUAUAUAUAUAUAUAUAUAUACAUAUAUUUAUAUAUAUUCUUUUUUUUUUUAUUCAGUUACGCAGGCUUUUUCCAGAAUUUCGACUGCAUUUGCCUGGCAAACGUUUCUUCAAAGAUAACUUUGAUAAAGGUUGGUUAAUCUAAGUUAAAUCAAGUAAAACUACUUAACAUUCACUCGCUGUACAGGUUUGUAAACAAAUACUAAAUAUUUGUACAUCUUACUGUUCUAAAUUUUAAUGUAUCUUGAAACUUGCUGGGGUAGAUGUUCGAUUUAAAGGCCAUCUACUUCAUCGUGGAUGUUAAAAGUAAAUUUUCCUGGUAACUAUUAAGUUGGUUACACGUGACGUCUGUGUUACGUUGUUAUUACAACACUCGUGACAAACACGUUUAGAGCCAAAUUAUUAAUAAAAAUGUGACAAGGCAUCAUUUUCUGUAUUCAUUUAAUAUUCUUUAUUUCCCUGAGAAUUUCAUUAUAAUUACCAGUUAGUUGAUGAUGUAUGUAGCAAAAAAACCCCUCUACUGAAGUGUGUUGGAAAACUGAAGUUCAUGAGGUGAAUGCUCUGCUAUUGUGACUGAAACGUGUAAAAUUAGCAGUGUGAAACAUUUCCUUUGUAUGGUAUGGAAGUAGGAAGCAUCUCCUAUAACACCCUCCUAUCAUAUUUUAUGAUCUUAAAGGAAAGAUUGGACAAAAAUAUCAUGACAAGUAUCAUAAUGAUAGCUUUUAUUUUAAGAUGGUGUGUAACAAAUGUUAUUCUUGAUGCAAUUUUUUGUAGUAUGUAACAUAAGUACAGGUAAGAACAUGAUUUCAAGUACAACUUGGUGCUAUUAAGCACAAGUAAUUUUUUAAAGACAACAAAAUUGCAAGAGGCAUUAGGGCAAGUGGAAUUUGCGGUCUUUGAAAAAUUUAUAGCUGCUUAUUUACAACAAAUUGCACAAGAAAUCCUGUUGUACUUGUGUUACAUGAAAAAUGCACUCAUUUUUGUGCUAAUCAGAAGCGCAUAAUUUCUUCAUGUAUAUUUUUAUAAUGGUGAUAUUCCAAUACUUCACCAUAAUGAACAUGACUGAUAGUUUGUGGUUUGGAAUAAAUUUAUUUCUUUGGGAGAAAAUGUAUGUAUAAUCACCUGGUUUGGUCCAGUUCAUAAGUGUAAAUUCAUGAUCUAGGACAAAUUGGAUGGAUAUUUUUUUGUAAACCAGACACAAUGAGUUGUAUAGUCUAAAACUGAACAAAGGGAGGUUAUUUUCCCUUUCAAUUGUUAGAUAAUAAUAUAGAUACAUUUUAGGAGGGUCUCCAUGGGGGAAUGGCUAUUAUGGCUAAGGGUUCAAAUUUUGGCCAAUUUACAGCUAACUGUUAAUAUCUUUCCAUUGUAGUCACAAUAAUUUUUUUGCAGUUUAUGACUUAUUGUUAAAAUUUGUCAAUUUUAGGCCUAAUGUCUAAAUGUUUUGCCCUUUUACAGCUACCAUUUUACCCCAUUGAGAUGCUCUUUUAGGUGCCUCCUGGUUUGGAAAGCACGGGCAAAACUGUAAAGAAUACUUGUCCUGAUCUAAACUAAAUUUUAACUUAAGCUUGAGGCUGUUUUUUUAUUGCCAGCUAGGUAAAGUUUUACAGAGACAAGAAAGGGCAAAACAAAAAGACCCCUGUUGUAAAUUUGUAGCGAAAAAUUCUCUUUUAAAACCUAAUUGUGCUGAAGCCACUAUGUUUUGAUAUUCUACAGGCUUUAUUGACAAACGCCAAAGAGGUCUUGAAGUGUUCACAAACAAUUUGUUUGGCCAUCGAAAUCUUGUUCUCAGGUAUGUUGAAAAUAUGAUGUUUAUAAAGACAGGAAGUGGUGAGCUUGGUUGUUAAAUAGAGAGAGCAUUAUUUUGUAUUUUCAUGUGAAGUAUAAGGCACUUGAACUUAAAGUGUGGUCAAGCUUACUAAUGAAGCUCAGUGUUAGGCUGUCAGAUUGUUUAUCCAUGUAAAUUAGUUACAAGAAUUUGGAGUAAGAUUGAGAUAACAACUUUUACUUGAUAUGUUUGAAUAUUCUCAUUACCAGUCUGCUGGAUAAUGUAUGGAUAUUAUAGGGAGAAGUUACAUGUUAAUCACUUCCAGGAGUUAAAGGGUUAAAUUAGUUGGUCUGAGGUUUUAAUCUUCACAAGGAACUUGCUUUUGUUUUCCUAUACUUGGACAAAUAAAUAACAUUUCUCAUAGUGUAAUGUGUUUUAGAAAUUUUUAUUAUAACUUAAAUUUUUUCAUGUUAAUAGUAGCUUAGUGAUGUGUCAUACAGGGUCCCUCCCCACCGUUACAACCCAUUUGACUGUUGUCUGUGCCCGGGGAAUGGGAAUUUGAACUUUGCCUGGCCAUGGUAGGGAAUUUAAAUCAGAAGAUUUCAAGUCUGUACAAUGUUAUAUCUUUAAAAUAUGGAAUUGGCAAGGGUAAAUAGCUCACUUUCACAACAAUUUGAACAAACCAAUCUUCAAAGUUUAAAUUACAGUGGGUUGCUUGGGGGCAAUGUUGAAGCUAAUUUGCAUUGAUCAUCACAUAACAACUUAAACAGGGGAUUCCCAACACUUCUUUAUUAAUUUUACAUGGUUAAAUUUACUGUGUUCUUUAGUGAUCCAGUUCAGAGAUUCUACAGAUUGAAUAACCCUCCUCAACCCAGUGAGAGUCUUGAGGCUUGCCAGGUUUGUUCAUUUGAGUUUGUGUUGCUGUGACCUGCUUCUUUUUACUGAAUUAAUCAAAACUAUAACAAAAUUCUGGAACGUGAUUGAUUAUCAUGAGCCUGAUUUGAGUACCAAUAGGACGGCUAGUCCUAUUGGUACUCAAUUGGUACUAUGCUUGUAAUAGGACAGUUAACACAUUCUUGCCUGAGUAAGUGGACAGAACUUGUCUUACAUUUCACCAAGUUAACUAGGUUUUUUUAUGAAAACGUAUCAUCAAUGUCUAGAUCCUUUCUCAAAUUUUGUUAUAGUUUUGAUUAAUUGGUAACAGUGCUUCGUGUCCUCCAAUUUGGUCAUACUCGUGAUUGACAAAUCAGAGUCCCGCUUUGCUGUCAUCUGAUAUUGUUAAUCACCCCUAUGAUUACAGACCAAAUUGGACUCCACUCAGUCCUAUCAACAUUAUUAACCAAUUUUGUACUCGAAUAUAAGGUUGCUUUGGGUGAAUUUUGAUGAAAGAGAGAAUAUUGAAUUACAUUGCCUUUGUAAAUACAUGUUUUGAAUAGAAUGGAUAUUUAUGUCAGGAAAGGUUUUGUUUUUCUGCUAGAUUUUUAAUGAGUCAUAUCUAGUAUAGAUCUAGAUGUGUUUUACAUUAAGGUCUUGAAAUUGUGAGUGGCAUUAAUUGGCGACAGAAAACUGAAUGUCAAUCUAGUUAUUGUGAAUGUUAUUGAACCCAAAACAUUAUCACUGAAAAACUCCUCAUUUGAUUGUCACGAUCAGUUUUAUCAAGGCUGUAACAACAUAAGUCACUGCUCCAGGAAAUUGUGGAACUUUUAUCAGUGCAUGCAGUUAACAUUAUCCAAUACUUAACUGUUAAAAACAUUUUCUUUCUUCUACAGGACUAUUGUCAAUCCCUUGAACAUGCUCUGGCAGAUUUGCGUCAAAAGUUACGUAACCAGACUGCUGAACUUAAUUCCUUGAAAACAGAACUAUCCCAAGUGACUUAUUACAGGAAUGAAAAUCAGCAUCUCUGUGAACACCUACAGCAACAGCAGACUAAUGUUGAUCAACUCACUAAGGUUUAUUGUAGAUAAGUUGGUGAAAUACCAUAACUGCCAUAAUUAAGCUGAUCAGGCUCUGGGCUAGGGUUUUAAUAGAAAAUGCUGGAGGAAUGUUGCAACUUCUUCAAGUUUGUGGAAAAUGUUUGUGGUAGUUGUUCUUUAACAGGCUAGAGUUAUCAUGUAGCAGUUGUCUUAAUUCAAGAAGUGUUUUCCCGCCCUUUUUACUUCCCUUUUUUCUCACCAUCAGUUCAGUCAGUGUUAACUGUUGGAAUGAAGGCUCUACAAGGUUGGGUUGCAAUAUUUCCCAGUUAUGGGAUGUUAUUCUUUUUGGGGAAAUAUACCGGGACAAAAUGGAAGACCAUGGAUACCUCAGACAGCUACCCUUGUUUUGAGGGGGGCAGCUUGUUAGCAUGCAUGAACAGCCUGGACUAGAGAAAUUUAAUGUAAUUCAUGGACCAAAGAAGAUGCUCUGACUUAUCAGAUUGUUUAUAAACAGACUCACAAGAAGCAGUUUGAUUUUAUUGAUCAGCAUCAUGAACUUUAGAUAGACAUGUACUUAAUUAUGCAAUAAAAUUUGUUUUUAGUUAAUGGCAGGCUGUCCAAUAUUACUUUCUAGAGUCUACAAGAUCAACUGAACAUUGCUUUAGAGAAUGAAAGAAGAGCUAAGGAAGAGGUGGAAACCUUGAAGGAAGAGAUGAAAGCUGAACGCGCUUCUGUACAGGCUGCAAGGGUGAUCGAAAAACAAAAGAGAGAUGAAGGAAUUAAUAGGCAGAUGGACUUGUUUAAACAAUCACAGGAGGCUGUCAAUCAAAGAGUUGAUUCUCUUGUUCAUUCCUUGGAACAGCAAUCAAUAAUUGAAAUAAAAAUUGCUGGGGUGACACAAGGUAUGAUGAUGCUGUGUUCACGUCGCUAUCAUAAUGUCUCUUGAUUGAUAUACUCUUGUGAGAAAUGUAUGCAGUAUCCUCUAAUGAGCUAAUAAACUGGAAUGUAAGAAUUUGAUGAAAUUAUGAGUACAUUUUUCUUUCUUUUUUGUUUUGUGCAGAAAUGAAAACUGGUGAACGCACAGAAAACAAGGCAAUUCAGCUUAAGAAAGUAUGUAUGUAAUUAUAGUCUGUUCUCAUCACCUGUUUGUGGGAUAAUGGGCUGGAAUCACGAAGAGAAGUUAAUUGUUAAUCACUUGAGGGAAAUAUGGGUUAAUGAAUAGUAUGCUCCAAACCAUAGUAUCCUAGCCUCUGUCCUUUAAACACACAUAUGUAUAAAAUUGGAAUAUUGAUGUGUUUUAGAAAUGAUCUUUGUAUUGUGCUUUGUGGAGUAAUCUUUAAGUAUCAGCAACUAAGACAUUGCUGUUUAUUUAUAUUUCAUGGAUUGAAAUUGACCUACUUUCUAGAUGAGAUGGAUUUUAACAUUCCCUUGUUUUUUAUUACACUGACUAUCAUUUUCAGGCUCUUGAUGAAACUAGAACUCAACUUGACAAAAUUCACAGAAAUUCAUUAGAGGUAUAGUCAACUCUUUCUACACCCUUUGCUGAUAAAUUCAUUAAAGGAGUGAUUUAUUGGAUAAUCAAGGUUUUCACUGUUUUUAAGUCUUAAAAUUCUAUUGACCUUUUCUGUAAUCAUUUCAAUGGUUUCCACGACCUUUGGUUUCAAAAUGAAGUUAGAGAGACCUUGUAAUGAAGGCAUUUUGAUGUUGUUGUUCUUCUCUGACUCUUAUGAACCCCGUAAAUAUGCUGUGAACCGCUAAAAUGUUUAUUCCCCUUAGAGUGAAAAUUAUGCUCCCAAAGUGGAAAGUUUAUGACCUGGAAUUAGGGCAGGAAGCUGUACAAUAUCAAUUAUAAAACAAUUAUAGCAACAUCUUAUUAAUGUAAUAAGUAUGAACUUAAUAUUUUUGUGCAUGUCUGUAAUGAUAAAUCGGGUUUUGUUGGCAGUCCUGAAAGAAUAUAUUAUAUGAAUGAAUUGAUACUGUUUUCCUCCCUCAACAGAUGUAUCAGCAAGAAGUUGAAGACCUCAAGGUUGAGUUAUCCAGAGCAGAAUUUUUUGCAAAGGUACACUUACUAAUAAUAUCCAAAAUUGUAACUGACUUAAAUAACCAUCACUUGGAUCAAACUCCUCGUUUUCACAGGAAUUAAAACAAAACUCUCAACAAAACUUGAGGAAUUGAUAAGGAGUAUAGCUUGUGAUGGGCCAAUAUUCCUUGCAGAAAGAUUGAUUAUACUUCUGUUGGUAUCAUGUAAAUGAAACCAGGAUGUGCUCCAACAAAAAGAGACCAGAAGGCUUGUAAGGCCUUAAGUCUGCACUCAAGCUGAUUGGUCCAUCAAGGGGGAGCUUAUCAUGUUUUCUGUGAUGUAAGCAACCUGGAGUAUUGUCACUUGCCCAGGAUGUUAUGCUUGUCUGAUGGUUCUGCAGCACUAAUUCACACUGUGGAAAGAGGUACAUGUACAGUAAGGGUAACAUUUUGGCCCUAGUGGUGAAAAAGUUGGAUAAUCAUCUUUAUUUGACUGAAAUUACUCUUACUCCAUCAGGCUAAAACUCAAGAGGCAGAGUCACUGAGGGCAGAGAUUUCUGGUCUUCAUAGAAAAUAUCAGGAUUUCAGGAAGGUAAUAAAAUAUUCUAGUUGAUGAUUUUGCAAUAUGCAAGGUAUGCAAGCCAGCGAGAGCAGAUUUGGUAUCAGAGGAUAAUAAUACAAUAUUCAGAUUUGAAUUAUUUUUUAUUUGCCUCAAAGGCUAUUCUGAUGUGUGAUUUUCUUAUCCUUCAGGCACAAGAUGAUUAUAUUUCAGACCUUCUCAGUAAAUUCAAUGACCUUCAGCGAUAUGCUGUUUCAACAGAGGAGGUAAGUGUGGUAGUCUUUGUGGUGGACCCUCAGUGCAAGGGACAUUCUUGUGUCCUGGAAAAAGGCGUUUAAAGUAUCCCAUUCAACAUUUUUAUCAGAGCAUGACUGUGUCAUACAUCCCAGUAACUCCACACAAAUGAGCAAUGUAAAAUUGCCAUACUCAUUUACUGAAUCUUGAAUUUUGUUAUUAAUAUCACCCAAAAAAAAUCUUCCAGGACUUUGUACUAGGUACCAUAUAGACAUCUAUUUGAUUCCUUUUCUAAGAGGAAAGCAAUACUGUCAGAAAUAUUUGUCUCAGUUUUAUAGUUUGUAAUGAAUAAAAUUUUUAAGCAGAGGUUGUUACCAACAAUAAAACCAGUGGCAGAGAUUCCAACCCUCCCGAUUUGAUCGGGAGUCUCCCGAUUUGAUGUCUUGCCUCCCGCUCUCCCGAUUUUUACCAAAUUCUCCCGAUUUAUCGUAAAAUUCUGAAAACUAGGGGAAAAUUGCUAAUCUUUAGAAUUUUUGGUGAUCUGUCACUGUGAAACACCCAUAUUAUACUUACUUUCUUCGCGAAGAGCAUUAUGGUAUGUUAUAACUCAGGCCGGAAUGAUGUCAAAAUUCAGGAAAUGGCACUUGAGAGAACCUAAAUUUGCAAAAUUUCCCAGCCCCCUGACCCCCCUAGAAGCUCGCGCCUUUGGCACUAAUAAUUACUCCCUAUUUUCCAUCACAUGGGGUUGGAAUCUCUGCAGUGGGCACAUCAAAAUUAUGUGAAUAAAAUGCCAUGAUUACUGUUUUGUGUACAACUGCACAUGCUCAAUGUGAUUAACUCAAUGUGCUGUUGUUUUUAGAAAUAUUUCUUCUCUCUUGUUAUUGGUGUUAAACUCAACAUGGGUGUAUGCGGAUUAAGAGUGGACCAUAUAAAUCACCUCAAACCAUCGGUGAGCUUAGUAGAUUCUUCAAUAUUCAAUACCUAAAACUGAUGUUGUUAAACCUUUCACCCCCAAGAUCUAAUAAGUAAUUCGCCUUACUAUCUGCCAUACCAUUCUUAUGAUGUUAGUUUGGAGAAUUUGGUAUCACAUCAACUAAUAAUCCCAUAAUUGAUAUUCUUCUCUAUUCUCAUCACCUGCCUGCUUGAUAUUGUAUUGAUAUUGUAAGGAGAAAUUCUGUCUUGGUCACUUGUGGGAGUGAAAGGGUUAAGCACUUCUCAAUGACAUUACUCUAUAUAGACUGGAAUAAUUGUACUUUAGGAUAAUUGACCCAGUGAUUAUAGAGAUGGGUGCGCUUUGAUUACUAAAGGAUUGUGUCAUAUCUCACCAUAAUCACAGGAGUGCUAAAUUUCAAAAUUGUUGCCUCAUGUUUUUUUGAUGUUUUUGAGGAAGUGAUAGAUGUUUGAGGAAGUGAUAGAUGUGAUAGAAAAAACUUAAUUUGCAAAGAGGACAAAAGAUGGUCAGAGAUUGGCAGUCAGAAUUUUUUCUGAUUAAAUUAAAUUUGUUAAAACUGCUGGCUGAUCUUAAUACGAGUAAUCAACACAAUUGAAACAACAUAGGUGCAAUGCUCUCUUUAUUUACAGAAUUUACAACAGAAUUCCAAAGCACCUAAGUUACCUGAUACUAAAACAAUUAUUGACAUUACUUUAGAUAGACCAGUAUAAUUGUAAAUUAUAUAGAGAGCAAUUUUCAAUCGAGAGUCACUUUACUUGGUGAUUUGUUCAGUCAUGGCUUGGUCACUUGUGUUUUCCUGGGAUUUAGGCAUUUGGGGUUUUUUUUUUUUUUUUUUCUUACUUUGAGUUCUCAUUGGCUUUCAAAGGUAUUUUCCUUUCUUCUAGUCUUUGUGAUUACUUUGGUUUCGAGUUUUAUGACACUCAUCAAAAAGUGCCAUAGAUAGAAUAAUGAUUAUGAUUACUAGAAUAGUAAGAAUAAGGAUUGCAACAUGUAAUGUAGAACUAUUGCUGGAAGAAUUCUACAGUAAACAUUCAAACCCACAGUUGUUGGAUACAGCUUGCCUUUAAUUGGUUAUUAUCCUGUGGCUCUGUUUAGCCUGUACAAGAAUUUGUCACUGUCGUUAUCAUCAUUAGUGUGGUUGUUAUCAUUAUCAUCACCAUCAUCAUAAUUAAUAAUUCUUCUCAUUACACUACCUGGCACAGAACACUGGUCAGCUUCUGUAAUCACAUUUAAUUAUGAUACAGCAAAACUUACAUGAAGUAAAUCUUCAGUUACUGUGUCUAAAUCUUAUGCAGUAUGUGAGCACUGCAAUGCUAAGUGUAGAGUGCUAAAUAAUUAAACAUUGUGACCCAAAGAGUGGUGUAAAAUGAAAUAUCUAACUAGUAUAUUAUUUUUGCAGACACUUUUUGAUCAAGUACGUAAUCACGGCUACUCCAUAGAACAUUGGCCAAGUUGGUUGUCUCGCACACUGUCAAAUGCCUCAUCAACACUUGAUCCUGAGGAUGAAGAUUAAUUUUGCUUCUUAGCUCUUUCACUCCAAAGAUCUAAUUAGUAUUUCUGUCUCACAACCUUUUGUUAUUACAUGGCAGAAUUUAGUAUUGGAUCAACUUAAAGUUCCCCAAGUUAUUUUCUGCUUUAUUCUCAUCACUUUUCUACUUGAUAUUGUACUGAUAUUGUAAGGAGAAGUUCUCUCUUUGUCACUCAUGGGAGUUGAAGGGUUAAAAUCAGAGUCUGUAUGAUUGUUUUGGUUUAUGUGUGCGUGUUUUUAAUCUUCUGUCCCUCAGGUAAAACACAAUGUAAAUUCUGCCAGCAAAAUCUUGUUUUUUCAUUGUUUAAGUUUGAAAAUUAUUUGCAUUAUUGAGUUUUGUUUUGAUCGUUUCUCUCAUGAGCGUGUUAUACCCUCAACUCCCAUGAUCUGAUUAGUUAUUCUCCAUUCUAACUGCCUUACAUUCACUUGUAAAUUAAUCAAGAGAAGGUGGUGUUGCAUCAGGAAAACUUCCUUUGGGUGAUAAGUUUCUUUCUUUUCAACACCUUCAUGUCUGAUAAUACACUGAUAUUAUCAUUUCAAGGGCAGAUUGCUUCCUCUUAAGAAUAAUUUCAUUUUUUUUCACUGGUAUAAUCUCUCUUCCUUUUUUUCUAAUCCUUUUCGGAAAAAUCCCACCAAUCUUUUUUUUUCUCUUGUUCAUAAUUUCAAUAUUUUAAUACAUAAAUAAUUUAAUUUCAAGGAGAACUGAGUGAGUCAUAUCAGUAUUGGUAAUUAUGUCAGAUCAAUCCUUGAGAAAAAAAUUGAAUUAUUUAUCAUAGCAACAUGGAUUGAUAUAGGUGUCAUAUUUUCCCAAUAAAUUCCAUAUCAAUCCUCAGGCCUUGAAUAUUAUCAUAUUAAAUAAACAACUGGAUAUCAGUACAACUUAGAAUUAUCAAAUAAGAUGAACAUAUCAAACUUAUAGACUAAAGCAAUAUGUAUAGAAGUUAGACAAAUUAUUGCUUUAUUUUUAUUAGCUGUAUUAAGUGCCUUUUUAUCCUGUUACAGCCAUGGAUGUGAAUGUGUAGCAUUUCAAAGAUUAUCAACAUAGGUCUCAUUUAUUUGUUACAAAUUUUAGGUAGGGGUGUUUUGAUUGUAAGAUAGUUUUUUUUUUUAUAAUUGCCUUUCAGAUAGCCAAUUAGGUGUGUGAUGUGAUGUGAAUGUGCUCAGGUUUUUUGGAGGAAAGGUAGAGAAAUAUUGAAUUUGUUGAGGCUAAUUCCUUGAAAACAGAGCUAGAAAAAUAUGUGCUGCUUCCAUGCUCUUAGGCCUCACUUGUUUUUGUUCUUUGGGUGCCUAAUACACUUAUACUCAUCAACUUUGAUAGAGUCUGAUGUAAGGGAUUUCUCAUGGAGGAACAAAUCAUAUUGUAUGACCAACAAGGAUUUCCUUAGAUAAUUUAAAAAUGCUGGCAUCACUAAGAUGUCAGACACAACCUCCUCUUCUGGGCUCUCCCUUCUAAAAAUAAUGAUCUCUAUCAGAUAAAGUAUGAUCAUUUAAAAAUUAACCCUCUCCUUUUCUUGGAUUGGUAGAAGUUUGUCAAUUUAAUAGACAUUUAGAAAAUGGGACAGACUAAGCUCUUGAUGUAAGCAUAAGUUUUUUGGUACAUGCAAACAGUUUCUUGGCAGAUGUCACAAGGUGUCACCUCUUGCUGGCACAAGGUCAAGGUUUUCAAUCUGUUAAAAUGCACAUGAGACAAGUUAUCCAAAUUUGUUAUAUGUUUGCAUUAAACGUUCCAUAUUCUGUUUGACACUAGCUGAGCUAGCAUUUCUGAGAAACUUGUCAAAAUAAAGAGUUAUUAUUUUGAUGUCUUCUUUUCCUAUGAAGUUAUGAAAUUAUAAUGGGC